AUGGGCCUUCACGAAGCUGCGUUCAGGUUCGGCAUGGCCGCCGUAGCGACCGGCAGGCUCGGGGUCGACGGGUUCGGGCAGGUGAUCUCGAUGGUGUUUCUCGGGCGAGGGGUGGAGUCGGUUUCAGCGCGGUUCGCGCGGCUUGCCACGGCAAUCAAAGCCGCUCCAGGUUCACCCAUGGCUGCUGCACCUACCGCUACAGCCGCUGCAGUCACAGCUGCUGUUGCGUCCGCGCUAGGCCCUGCAACUAUGGCAACUGCAGGGUUGCAUCUGCCUGCGCUGCCGCAGCCGACGCCUGCUCCUGUGUACAUCGGACAGUUUGCCGAUGCGAUGCUGAGGAGCAAACAGCUGAAGCACCGAUUCCCGUGGGCGUAUGAGGUCACUCUGAACUUCCUUAGGAUGAACCUCAGGGGUGGACCAGGGGGUGGGCUCAGCGGGGGUGCUGGGUCGUUUAACCUCUCUGGUGCCUCUGCCGGCCUGGCAGCACUAGAAGCGCUAGAGCGCGAGUUAGCAGCACAUGUGGUGCUCAACCGGUGGCUGGGAAUAGGCCUCCCAGGGAGCGGUGUGCGCACAGUGGCGCAGGCAGAGGAGAGGGCAGUGGAGGUGGUAGAACAGAUUGCAGACCCGGCGCAGCAGGUGGGAUGGGGCGUGUGGCUGCGCGUGGGGCGGCUGCUGGAGAAUGAGCAGCCGCAGCUGCCGAUGCUGCUGGAAACGAUGCAAGUCAAGUCGGUGAUGCAUACAUACGAGCUCAUAGACGUGAACGGAGAGGCAGCAGACUACCUCGCCCUGGAAUCCUUCGACUGGGGCCUGCAGGGCCUACUCGCCUGCCUGGACCCCUCAGACGGGGCGGCGGAGCUGAUAGAUUUGAUCUACCCACUGGACGAGGAGCGCGUGCUGCUGUGCCUCACCAUUGCCGCGCGCAUGGCUGCCACCCACUCCGUGGGGAGCGGACGGCGAUGGCCCACCCGCGAUCUGCCCAAGUUUGUCGCCCAGUUGCUGUCCCUGGCUGAGACAUGGCGCAUGGAGGGCCAGCAGAUGUCGCGAGCAGUGAGCGUGGUUACUCUGCUGUGGGGGUGGGCGCUCCCCAAGAGAGAACAGCUCAUGGACCAGUGCGGGUCUGCCGACGAAGCAAGGGAGGUCAUGGAGCGAACUGCAUCCUCUAUAUGGAGGUCCCUUGCACAAGGAACCCAAAAGUAG